GAGAAACGCGCACGCGAGCGAUGACGUCACGCCCCGGACAGCGGCUCCGAGUUUCGCAUCCGGUUGAGGAUAUCGUUAUUAGCGUUGCGAUAAAGCGUUGCCUGCCCGUAACCUCGAUCUGUCAGCCGCCCCGUCGACCUCGGAGUCGCCCCACGGAUGUGUCUUUGUGUUUUCGCAGCGUUACAGUCCUCACAGACGGAUGUCAACAAAGUCGCUGGUUGAGGCUCUAAUCUUUCUGUCAAGCUUCCCAUCGAGCCGGUUUGGGGACGUGUGUCUGUCCCCCUCAUCUCCCGCGGGAUGGGCAGUCAUUUCCGCAGUUACGUCUGGGAUCCGAUCCUCAUCAUUUCCCAGAUUGUCCUCAUGCAGUGCAUCUACUACAGCUUCUUAGGUCUGUGGUUGGCUGGAGUUGAUGGUUUGGUCCAUACCAGCAGAUCACUCGACCAGAUAUUUAGUUACGAGGUUCUUGGCUUUUCAACAACACAGGGUCGCUUGUCUAUGAUGGCGUUCAUUCUGAAUUCUCUUACAUGUGCUCUCGGCCUGUGGUUUUUCAUCCGACGGGGGAAACAGUGUCUGGACUUCACGGUGACGGUGCAUUUCUUUCACAUGAUCGGCUGCUGGAUCUAUAACGCCCAUCUCCCAGCCGCCCUGUCAUGGUGGUUGGUAAACGUGGCCUGCAUGGCCCUCAUGGCGGUCAUCGGCGAGUACCUGUGUAUGCGGACGGAGCUCAGAGCCAUCCCUGUCAACACGGCACCCAAAUCCAACCUAUGAGGACCGUUUAGAGACCGAUGUGUAUGAGGUCGCGCACCGGCAGGACUGGCGUGUUGACGGAUGCUGCUGUGGCUUUCUGAGAGACCGAGGAGAAGUGACUUGGAUGUUCUGGUCACAUCACUGUAUUUAAUCCGGAUGGCGUUGAGAUGGUCGCGCUGCAAUGCACGAUUAUCCCGCGACUCUAUCGGCGACACGGCAGCAUUCGCGUAAUUUCUAAAUUACUAUUGUAAUUAUUCUCAUUCAGGACCAACACUUUAUCAUUCAUGGAUGGCUACUGAAGAUAUAAAAGUGACGGUCCGUUUUAAAAGCGUGACUCUUAAUCUAAAUAAAAUGCUAUGUAUUUCUAAAAAACUUGGAUAACGGUUCCUAUUGCUUUGGAAAGAAAUAAGAUAUUGUAAAGUGGUUUUCGUGUUUUAUCAAGACAUCCUUUUAGGAAUACCAAGGGCACAAUUGCAUUGACCGUAGUUUAUUAAACCAGUUUCAGUCACUGAUGAGCAUAUUAUUCCAAAAGACAGUUAAAAGUUACUGGCUACUGUGUUUUUCGUUUGUUUGUUUGUCCCAGAGAAUCCUAUUUCUCAGUUAUGCCACAUUAAGGAAGUAACAUGGGUUGCUAAUAAUACGCGUAUGCAUGUAUUUUGCAUAAAUGCAUGUAUUUUGACCCACAUGCCUGUCAGAUGCCAUCGAAGAAUUGCUUGCGAGAAGUAUUUGAGUGACAUGAACCUUGAACUUUUUGAAGCAAGUCCAAAUCAAAUAUUCUGCAAUAAACAAGAAAACUGCAACAUCUGUA